AGCUUGCGGCAGCCGUCGGCAGGAAGGAACUGGUUGUGUUACACUCUGACUCUCGCUGGGUUUGUGCCUCUGACCCUCAGGAAAGGCACCCGGAGCUGCUCCAACUGGCUUUGCCUCUGGACUUGCCGUGAAAGACCUCCCUGCGAACGCUGAGUGUUCAUCCUCGGCACUUGGACUCCUACAGCCUCCAGGGCCAGAUCCCCACAGCCUUCCAGGUCCUAGACCCCAGCAGACGCUAAGCUAUGGCUUCCAUGGGGCUGCAGGUGAUGGGUAUCGCUUUGGCCGUGCUGGGCUGGCUGGGCGCCAUACUGAGCUGCGCGCUGCCCAUGUGGCGCGUGACGGCCUUCAUCGGCAGCAACAUCGUCACGUCCCAGACCAUCUGGGAGGGCCUGUGGAUGAACUGCGUGGUGCAGAGCACGGGCCAGAUGCAGUGCAAGGUGUACGACUCGCUGCUGGCGCUGCCGCAGGACCUGCAGGCGGCCCGCGCCCUCAUCGUCAUCUGCAUCAUCUUGGCCGUGCUCGGUGUGCUGCUCUCGGUGGUGGGCGGCAAGUGCACCAACUGCGUGGAGGAUGAGAGCGCCAAGGCCAAGACCAUGAUUGUGGCCGGCGUGGUGUUCCUGCUGGCCGGCUUGCUGGUGAUGGUGCCCGUGUCCUGGACGGCCCACAAUAUCAUCCGCGACUUCUAUAACCCACUGGUGGCCUCGGGCCAGAAGCGGGAGAUGGGUGCCUCGCUCUACAUUGGCUGGGCCGCCUCUGGCCUGCUGAUGCUCGGUGGGGCCUUGCUUUGCUGCAACUGCCCACCCCGUACCGACAAGCCCUACUCUGCCAAGUACUCUGCCGCCCGCUCCGCUCCAGCCAGCAACUACGUGUAAGGCGCUACCGUUGACUCUUUUCCUUUCAGCUUUGUUUCUCCCUGGACUGAGCUUACUGUGACCCCAGGAUGGCCUGCCAAGCAGAGACUGAGCCAGGCCGUUGGCCAGCAGCCCUCAGCCCCUCCUGGCCCUGUCAGACAUUUUCUCAAGGUCACCUCCAACACUAGCAAGGAUGGAUGGAAAGAGACUCCUGUACCACCCUCCUCGGAAUGGCUGUGGAUACGGGGGGCUGGCUCCUGCUGGCCCGGACAGCUCAGCCCUGACUUUGCUUGGGCUCUGCCUCUGAGUGGGUGUUCAGCGGACCAUGGGACUAUGCCCGUGUUGAUCACGGCCCCCUUCUUUGAUCCUCCCCACUCCGUCUGCCAGCAUCCUCUGGGUGGGUCAGCGAGCGCUUGGGCUGCGCCUUGCCCAUGGAAACCUGUGGCCACGAGAACGGCCGCCUUGCUCACCCACCUGCCCUUGGAGCAUAGUUGCCGAGCAGAGAGUGGACGGACAGGUUUAGAGGGGAGGGGCAGAGGUGCUACAAACUGGUUUGGGUAGUGGUGGGGGAGGGGGCUACAUGUGGCCCAGGCUGCCCACACCCCUUCCAGCCCCUGUCCUGCGGGCUCCGAAGAAGGACCCCGGGCCCCUUGAGACUGGCCACCUCUGGAUCCUCACCCCUGCCAAGGUCAUUGGAGAGCCUGGGAGAGGCAGGGGGAAUGCUUUCUCUGGUCCUAACCCCAGGAAGUCCUGGGGCUUUCCCCUGCUGCUACGUGGUUUCUGUUUUGUAAUUUAAACUAUUUGUCACGGUAAUUGCUAUUAUUUUCUACAAUAAAUGGGACCUGUGCACAGGAA